AUGGCGCUGCGGCGCCUCCUGCUGCUGCUGCUGCUGCUGCUGCUGCUCUCGCUGGAGUCCCUGCACCUGCUGCCCGGCGCCCGCGCCGCCCGCGGCCGCGCCGCCAACCGGACCCUGAGCGCCGGCGCCGCUGCCGUCGGGGGCCGGCGGCCCGGGGGCGCCCUGGCCCGGGGCGGCCGGGAGCUGAACGGCACCGCCCGGGCGCCCGGCGGCCCCGAGGCGGGGAGCCGGCGGGGGCAGCCCGCGGCGGCGGUGGCGGCGGCCAGCGCGGCCGUCACCUACGAGACGUGCUGGGGCUACUACGACGUGAGCGGCCAGUACGACAAGGAGUUCGAGUGCAACAACAGCGAGAGCGGGUACCUGUACUGCUGCGGCACCUGCUACUACCGCUUUUGCUGCAAGAAGCGCCACGAGAAGCUGGACCAGCGCCAGUGCACCAACUACCAGAGCCCGGUGUGGGUGCAGACGCCCAGCACCAAGGUGGUGUCGCCGGGGCCCGAGAACAAGUACGACCCGGAGAAGGACAGGACCAACUUCACCGUGUACAUCACCUGCGGGGUCAUCGCCUUCGUCAUCGUGGCCGGCGUCUUCGCCAAGGUGUCCUACGACAAGGCCCACCGCCCUCCGCGGGAGAUGAACAUCCACAGGGCUCUGGCCGACAUCUUAAGACAACAGGGACCAAUCCCCAUAGCACACUGUGAAAGAGAAACUAUCUCAGCUAUCAAUACCUCUCCCAAAGAGAACACACCGGUCAGAUCGUCCUCCAAAAACCACUACACCCCCGUGCGUACGGCCAAGCAGACUCCAGGACAUUAUGGGAAGGAUACCCACCGAAGUGGAGGACCCGAUCUCCAUAACUUCAUCUCAUCUGGAUUUGUCACGUUAGGAAGAGGACACACGAAGGGUGAUCGUCAGUAUAACCAUCCGAUUUUAAGCAGUGCUACCCAGACCCCUACACAUGAAAAGCCACGGAUGAACAACAUCCUGACGUCGGCCACGGAGCCCUAUGACCUCUCCUUCUCCCGCUCCUUCCAGAACUUGGCCCACCUGCCCCCAUCCUAUGAGUCUGCGGUGAAGACCCACCCCAGCAGGUACUCAUCCCUGAAGCGGCUAACUGACAAAGAGGCUGACGAAUAUUACAUGAGGCGGCGGCAUCUGCCUGACCUGGCCGCCCGCGGCACCCUCCCCCUCAACGUCAUCCAGAUGUCCCAGAAGCCCUUACCGCGGGAGCGGCCCCGCCGGCCCAUCCGGGCCAUGUCACAGGACAGGGUUCUGUCCCCAGAGCGGGGCCUGCCCGACGACUUCGGCUUGCCCUAUGACCGCAUCCUGUCCGACGAGCAGCUGCUCUCCACGGAGCGCCUGCACUCCCAGGACCCGCUGCUGUCCCCGGAGCGGACGGCCUUCCCCGAGCAGUCCCUGUCGCGGGCCCUCUCGCACACGGACGUCUUUGUGUCCACGCCCGUGCUGGACCGCUACCGCAUGACCAAGAUGCACUCCCAUCCCAGUGCCUCCAAUAACUCCUACGCCACGCUGGGCCAGAGCCAGACGGCCGCCAGGCGCCAGGCCUUCGCCUCCCGCAGACACAACACGGUGGAGCAGUUGCACUACAUCCCGGGCCACCACACCUGCUACACGGCCAGCAAGACGGAAGUGACCGUGUGA